AUGAGGUUUGGGAGGCGGGGAAAGGUUAGCCCCAAAUACAUUGGGCCUUUUGAGAUACUCCGGACAGUUGGGGAGAUUACUUAUGAGUUGGCCCUACCUCCAGCAUUUUCAACAAUCCACCCGGUUUUCCAUGACUCAAUGUUGUGGCGGUAUGUUCCUGAUGAGUCCCAUGUGCUCCAGUAUGAUGCAGACGAGUUGGAUGAUUGUUUUACUUUUGUAGAGGAGCCAGUUGCCAUUUUAUACAGGGAUGUGAGGAGAUUGCGCUCGAGAGCCAUUCCUGUUGUUAAGGUCCGUUGGAGGCAUCGUCCAGUCGAGGAGGCUACCUGGGUGAACGAGUAG